GACUGCCACUCGCGCUGGGCACUCAUGCUUCACGAACGACGAAUUUGAACAAGCUGUGCCCCUCAUCACCUUGUGGCUAUCGCGGUGCGCCCCUCCUCUGGCCAUGGAAUUGUACUGACUACAUGUCGCCGCAGGUAUCGCGGAUUAGACGCCUGGCCGAGUCACUGCACCACCCAUCCCGCAGCCAGCACUGCAGUCAAUCGAACUUUAUCGCCACCUGCUCACAGCAUUCCGCGUCACUAUAGAAGAUGCGCUCGCACUUCGAGAUUCCAGUAUCUCACGCCGUAGCACUCGGUGCUGUUUAAUGUCAAGGUCCGCUUGACAGGAGCGCGCAAGGCGGCACAUAAAGGCGGCGUGGCCGAAUGAGCUUGCAGUAUCCUGCUCGUACUACCUUUCAUCUCGGCCGCGUUCGCGUUGCCUUUGGCCUUCCAAAACAGCUAUGAUGACCACCCCUUUACAACUCCACACCUUACCGCCCUCACGCAUGCUGCGAUUUCUCGGACUUCUGCGCAUGAUGAGCGUCUAAAUGCAUGGGACGUGGAGAUCGGGUGGAUGUUGCAGGUCCUCGGCCUCAUCGCAGUCGCCAGCCUCAUUAUGGUCUCCCUCAAUCUAUGCAUGAAGCUGUACACCUCUCGACGUACAAAUGGUCAUGUGCGGUUGGAAGGCGACGAGUUGCUUGUGGUUACGGCGCAGGAAAUGACACCGGCUGUCGAGGCAGUGCUCGGCAGCAUCCGGAACGGAGUCUAUAGUCAGCGCUCUCAAUCACAAUAUUUACUCCUGUCCGAGAACGCAGUGCCACCUCGACUGGCGAAACCAUCCGCGCACUAUCCGAAUUCGAAGAUCGCGAUCUGGGUUCUCCUCGUCGUGAACCUACUCGCGACGACGCCCCUCGCACAAGCAUCGUCGAGCGAUCAACAUAUUCCAACGCCACGGCUCGGGCAAGAUCCCAGCAAGCCUGCACUCAUCAAUGCCUACGAACUCCCUACACCGCUACCUGGCCACGGACCGCAUCCGGUAGACUACCGCAUAAAUUGUCGGUGGCCCAUGGACGACACGAAACACCACUGUGGCCUCCUGGAGGUUCCUCUCGACUGGCACAAUCUCACCCGCGGCUUCGGACGCGUGCAUUAUGCCAGAUACCCCGCCUCUCCCGAGGUCGUGCGCAAGGGGACCAUCUUCAUCGAUACAGGCGCUCCAUUUGCGAUGUCCGGGGCGUGGACCCCCCAGGAAUGGCUGUCUAUGCGAGGGAAUGCCUUGCACAACCGAACGCAUGGCGAAUAUGACAUCGUCGCGUGGGAUGCGCGAGGGAAAGGCACUCACAAUUUGACCAUCCCUGGUCCUCUCCGCUGCUUCAAGGACGCCGCAGAGAGAGAUCGCUUCCACGCUCGACUAGGCCACGAAUGGCCCGUCCGGCGUUGGCAGGACUCCCAGCAGCUGGGCGAGCAGUGGGGCGCGGACGACAUCGAGAAGUGGCAUUUCACGCAGUCCAAAGUCGUCGAGCAUUGCCUUGCUCAGCAGGACCCGGAAAUGCUUCGUAACAUGGGCGUCGCGUCCACGACGCGCGACUUGAUCGCGAUGGCAGACGCGUUUGACGGACCUGGAAGUCCGGUGAACUUCUGGGGCAUGUCGUACGGAAGUCUCAUCGGAACACAUCUGCUGCAAAUGUUUCCUGAGAAGAGCUAUACGUCGCAGCGCGCCGGGAGAGUCAUCCUGGACGACCCAGCAGACCUGAUGGCCUACACCGUACUGCCAUCCUACCAGACCUGGAAAGAAGAUAUAUCUCACGCGAACAAGACGUUCGCAGAGUACGCUAAGCGAUGCGCUAGCGACGGCAUUCACGGCUGCCAACUUAGCAGCUAUGGCGGCACCGACAGUGAAAUCAUCGGGGAUUACAUGCGGGUCAACUUCGGGUUGGCACGGGCAUCCCUUCUGGGGCGACGCAACACUGUCAAAGAAGAUCUUUUGAACCCGUACUUUGAAGACCUUUUCAAGACUAUUGUCCAGCACGGCACCAACGCAUCGGAGACGUCGUACAACGUCACGAACGCCAUCUCUUCACUGAGCGCCGUCUACGCAUACGCGGACGAAUCCCUUGGACUCGGCGUCAUGCCCAUCUUCUGCGGCGACAAUCUCAGAGACCACGACCCGGCGAAGGCAUCGCAGCAUGCUCGCGCAAUGAUCAAGUCUCUCACUAAAGACAGAGGCAGCGUCCCGGUUCUCACAAACGAUGCAUUCCCCGCUAUGCACUACAUGUGCCAUCUCUGGCCUGUGCGCGCGGCGGAGCGGUACCCGAUCUUCGGUAGCUCGGCCGACGACUACAUGCAGCCGCCUCCUCCUGUCCGCAACUUCCUUGUGCUCCAGGGCUUCAUGAGCCCGCUCGCGGCACCCAAGUUCUUGGAUCAAGUCACAUAUGGCUUCCAGCCCGGGCGCGCCGCGCACGAUGUCCGCAACGUCAUACAGUUGGAAUUCGGGACGCCGAUUUUUUCGCACUCGCGUUGCGCGUCGCGCAUCAUCGUGGAUUAUCUCUACAACGGCACACUGCCCGAGCAUGCUACUACUACGUGUCAUGGAAACGAGGUUGAGUCCGCGUCGGAUGUGCUCGAUGAUGCGACUGGGCUUCAAAUAUUCCGCGCUCUCGUCGCGCACACUUGGCACAAGUUUGCUACCGCCUACCAGACGUCUUCUCGGGGGGACGCGCUGCUUCGUUUGGGGCAGCUUCUGGGGUUCGUGGCCACCUUUAUUUCUGUUCGCAAGACGCUUCUACGGCGCGCCGCACAUCAGAAUGUCGCGGUCGGCGGGGAUCGCGAAGCUCAGGGUGAUAUCGGCUGGAAGGACGAACGGGAAGAUUCUACGCAGGCAGCCCAGCAAUGA